CAAGAUUCUCUUCUCUCCAUUCCUCCGUAAUUGGUACCUACCUACCUACCUACCUGACUUACCCCAAGUAAAUCCUAUCAGGCCCCUUUUGUGCCUCCCUCUCUUCCUCCCUAACUACCUCUCACCCCUCGACUUAAUUUUAGAUCUUGCCAGCCUCUUUUAAGCAUAAUGGCGUCGAACAGUAACGGCAAUGACGUGCCACCAGCCGAGACGGCUACUGUAAACACAAACAUUGUGACAUUAACUCGUUUCCUUACGGAAGAGCAGACCAAACACAAAGAGGCAACUGGAGAUUUCACAUUAUUAUGCCAUGCUCUGCAAUUCUCCUUCAAGGCCAUCUCCCAUUAUAUUCGCCGAGCCACACUAGUAAACUUGACAGGCCUCGCCGGCCAAUCCAAUGCGACUGGCGACGACCAGAAGAAGCUUGACGUCAUCGGAAAUGACCUUUUCAUAGCAGCUAUGAAAUCGUCGGGGAAGUGUGCAUUGCUAGUAUCGGAAGAGGAAGAAGAGGUAAUCUACUUUAAAGAUCAGACCGGAGCUCGGUACGCCGUAGCCUGCGAUCCUAUCGACGGAAGCUCCAACUUGGAUGCUGGUGUCUCGGUUGGAACGAUCUUCGGUGUUCACAAGUUAGCCGAAAGUUCCAUGGGGACAAAGGAGGAUAUUCUGAAGCCCGGAACGGAACUUCUUGCUGCUGGAUUCACCAUGUACGGCGCGUCUGCCCAACUCGUCAUCACAAUGAAGGGCGGCACUGUCAACGGCUUCACGCUAGAUAAUUCCUUCGGCGAGUUCAUCUUAACACACCCGGACAUGCGAAUCCCCAAGCAGAGAGCCAUUUACUCCGUCAACGAGGGUAACUCUCUCUACUGGGAGGACCAUACCAAGGAGUACUUCAACUCUCUCAAAUAUCCCCAGGAUAGCGGAAAGCCCUAUAGCGCUAGAUAUAUUGGUAGUAUGGUGGCUGACGCGUAUCGAACGCUGCUGUACGGUGGUAUCUUCGCUUACCCUGCCGAUAAGAAGAGUCCUAAGGGUAAGCUGCGGAUUCUAUACGAAUGCGCACCUAUGGCUAUGGUUUUUGAAAAUGCCGGUGGCCAAGCCGUAGACAGCAAGAUGAGACGUAUGCUUGAAGUCGUCCCGGAACACAUCCACGAUCGAUCGGGUAUCUAUUUGGGUAGUUACGACGAAGUCGAGAAGGUCAAGUCAUUUUACAAGUGAUUUAAAUCAAAUGGGCUGCUGUUGGAUAUUGGGCCUUUCAAACUGGUUUGGCGCUGAGGCAAUGAGCAUUAGAAUAUUGGGCGGUUCGUAAUGAAUACCAAUCUAA